AUGAGCAAAGAAGAAUUGGAUCGAUUGGUAUCAGCGUUGUCAAUAAUUUAUACAGUAGACGCAAAUAAAACAACAAGAGAUGAAGCACAAAAGUUUCUAGAUGAAAUAAAAAAUAAUGAAAAUUCAUGGAAAUAUGGAAUUGAACUUACACAGUUCAAAGAUCAGCAAAUGGAUACGCUCCGACAUUUCGGAUUAAAUUUGAUUGAGCAUAAUAUACGAUAUAAUUGGGAUACAUAUACAAAUGAGGAUAAGAUAUAUAUACGAAACUACAUAGUAAAAAUGUGUUAUGAUGGCGUUCGUGAUGGUACAUCUCAUGAACAGCAAGAGGCACAUUAUAUUAAACAAAAAAUAUCUCAAAUACUUAGCAAAAUAGUAAAAAAGGAUUGGAUUUUUAUUUUGUACGAUAUAGAUUUAACAUUACAAAAUAUGUUUUUAGCUUCUCCUACAGCUCGAAAUAUAUCACUAAAUACAAUAUUGGAUUUGAUCGAAGACGUGUUUCAAUCCAAUGACAAUUCUCAUUUAUCAAAAAUGCCUACUUUAUCGGUCGGUAUAAUCUCUAUUCUUUGCUCUUCGAACGUUUUAAAAACCAUAUAUCCAAACGAUCUACCCAAUCCACUUAAAAUCCGUGAAAACAAUUUAGGAUGGCUUAACAUUUUCAAAAAAAGUAUAGAAAGUUAUUUUAACAUCAUUAAUGCGUCAUCAGUUUUAGAAUCUGAAAUAUUGAACCAAUUAUGUUUUGCUUUAUUACACGGAAACAUAGAAAUAAAAAUGGCUUCUUCAGAUUGUCUUUAUACUCUUUUUGUUCGUCCAUUAUCUUCUGAAAAUAAACUCUUAGAAAUAAUUUAUUCUUUCUUUGAACCUAGUAACUUAAACCAUUUACGUAUUGUAAUUGAAGAUAUAUUUUCUCAAAUUCAAUCAGAAAAACAUACUCAUUUUGACGAAAAAAAAUAUUCAUUUCUCAAAAAAAUAGUUGAAACUAUUAUUGCUCUUGGAACUUCUCAUAUUUUGAAUAAUUACAAACAAAAUACUUUUCAUCAUUUAAAUGUAUACUUAGAUCUUAUUAUAUCUACUACUAAGCACCCAUCACUUGUCGUAUCAUCUAUAUCUCAACCUUUUUGGAUAGCAUUAUUGAAAUCAUCUUUAAAUAAAGAAGAAGCAGUUGUAUCAAUAUUACCCUGUCUACUUGAUACUGCAUCAAAUAGGUUAAUAAGAUAUGAAAAUGCUCAACAAACAUUCUUAAAAAAUUCUAUAGAAAUGAAAUUUUUAAAUCACGAUAUUGAAAAUGUUUCAGAAAUACAUGUGUUUUGUGGAAAUUAUCGAAGAUUUAUGGUAGAUCUUAUACGGAUAAUAUUUUCUAUUCCAACAAAAGAUUGUUUAUCUUAUGCCCAGCAACAUGUUGAAAAAUUUUUUAAAACAUAUUCUAGUUUUAUAAAUAAUAAUCAAACAACUUCUAAAAAAAAAACACCGGAUUAUCUUUUUUAUGAUAGUAAUUUUACUUUUAUAGAAGCUGUACUAAAAGGGUAUAAAACACUAGAUAGAAAAAACGAACAUCCAAAUAAUGAUUUAAAAAAAAACUUUUCGUCUCUUUUGAAAUAUUGGUUCAAAAAAAUAAUCGAUAUGGAUAUUAAGGCACCUUUAAUACUAAGUCUCCAGGUUCAAAUAUUAGUAACGUUUCUAUGUUCUUUUGAAGAAAAAGAAUUUCUUAUACCAGUUUUGGAAAAAACGAUAUCAGCUACUGUAUACCGUUAUCCCGAUAAUUCUCUUGAUGAUGUAGUACAAACAAUUCGCGAGUUACGUAGAAGAUCAGGUCAAGAACUCCUUAGACUUGCAAUGGAAUUAUCUGAUUUAUUAUGGAAUAUAUAUCCUCAACUUGAAAAAAUAAUUUGUGAAAUUAUAAAUAAAAAAUCUAGUGAAAAUGAAAAUAUAGUUUUUAAUACCUUUUUACUAAUUAUCAGUCAAAAAUCAACUAAUACUCAAGACGAGAAAGUGUACUAUUUUCAAUAUAUUAUUACUAAAUUGGUAGAUACAUGGAACAAAACUAAAUCAAUGUUUAAUUUAGCAACAUUUGAUGGAUUUUUUGACUUUUUGGGGUUACAAAAAAUAACACAAUAUAUUCAAUCAAAAAAUAUUCAUUCUGUUCAAGAUUUAAAUACUAAAUAUCUGGAUAUUCAAGGAAAACAAUUAGUAGAUGAACUAAAAGAAAUAAGAAAAAUGUUCUGGCCUAUUCGAGGAUUUCGAAAAUUUGCAGAUUAUCACUUGAAAAUUAUAUCAUUUGAAAAUAAUAACAAUAAUUGUCUAUUAAAAUUAUGGGAAUCUGUUAUUAAUUUUAUUCUUCCGGAUAUUUUUAAUAUAAUAAGACAUAUUCAUGCAUUAUACAAUCCUGAUAAUUGGACUCUCUUUUCUCCAGAACUACAGUUUGUUAUUGCUCAAAGUAUUUCGGAAAAUUUUUGGUUUCAUGGUAUUAGUUUAAUAUCUAAAGAUGAAUUUUAUGAAGAAAUUUCAAAAUCUGAAAAUAAAAUCAUAGAACUAACUUAUGGCUUUAAUCAUUUUUUACGAAAAAAUAAAGAAUAUUGUUAUAUGAGUAUUGGAUCAUUCUCUAAUUUUGGAAGUUGUUUUUAUAAAAAUCCAAAUUUAAUUCAAAAUAUAAUUGAAUCAUUAUUUAGUGACAUUAAAAGUCUUUCUUUAUAUACUUGGUCAAGCAUUCUGGAUUUCUCUAUUUCUCCUUUGAUAAUUAAAUGCCCUUAUGAUUAUCAAGAUAGCUUUUUAAAAGUAUUAUUACCAUAUUUAUUUACAGAAAUCGAUAAAAAACUCAUAUCUGAAUGGUCAAAAAUCAAAGAAAAAGAACUUAUAUCUAAUGAUGAUUUUAAUAAUCUCGCCUUUUGCCAAAACGAAGAUUUAUCUGAUGAAAUAAUCCAAGAAUUAUUACUUAGGCAUUUAUCUUUUAUUACAGUUAAAUUAUUAAGGGAACUAUUAAUACCACCAAACAAAUCACAAUCUAUAAAUACAUCGGAAGAUUUAAAAACAAAUAUGUUUUAUGUUUUACAAAAUUAUGAAAUACUUGGAUCAUUACUCCCUUUAUUAUCGCACUUGAUUAUGCUUCAUGAUACUCGCACUUCUCAUAAUGCAAUUCGCAUUCUUCAAAAUAUUGUACCUACAUUAAUGGAUCAUCCAAAUAACCAGAUCAGUAUUUUUGUUACUAGUGAUUUAUUUAAAGCAUGUCUUAUGGCUAUAAAUGAUGCUUAUUUAGUUUCUAUUCAUCAUGAAAUUGUCACAAUUCUAAUUCAAAUUUAUACUUUAGCACAUGAACGAAAAUUUCAACAAUGUAAAGAUGUUCUUUUAUCUAUACCAGGGCUAAGUUUAGAAAAAAUAUAUGAAUUCGAAACAAAAUUGUUUAAUGUCAAGAAUUCCAAAUCAAAAAAAAUAAUUAUGGUAGAUUUUUUAUCUACUUUUGGAAUAAAUUUAAAAAAUAAUGGAAAGAGUUCUCAGAAAAAACCCAGUGAGAUCAAUAUCAGUACUUAUGAAGUAAUGAAACGUAUUAACACUAAAAUAAAUCCCUUAGAUACAUAUAAAAAAGAUAUUCUUGAACAAGAAAAUAUUGAUCUUGAAAUCCUUUUUAAAUAA